AUGUGGAUGCUUCUAGGACAGAACCAAAGUUGGGUUUCAGAGUUCAUUCUGCUUGGCUUCUGUAGAGACCCCACAUCCAACAGGAUUCUUUUUGUUGCCUUCCUUAUCCUCUACCUCAGUUCGGUACUGGGCAACGGGCUUAUUGUCACUCUGAUCUGUCUGGACACACAUCUCCACACACCUAUGUACUUCUUCCUGUGUAUCCUCUCCCUGCUGGAUAUGGGCUAUGUCACCACCACAAUGCCCCAGAUGUUGGCACAUCUUCUCACUCACACUCAGACCAUCACCUUUGCUGGAUGUUGGCUGCAAAUGUAUGUGUUUGGUGCCCUGGGCCUGACUGAGGGCAUCUUCUUUGUAGUCAUGGCUUAUGACCGAUAUGUAGCCAUUUGCUACCCACUGCAUUAUACUGUCAUUCUCAGUUCAGGCCUGUGCACAAGAUUGGCAGCUGGAACCUGGACCUGUGGUUUCUUCUUCUCUCUGAUCCAUACUUAUCUCACCAUGAGACUGCCAUAUUGUGGGCCCAAUGUGAUCAACCACUACUUCUGUGAAGGCCCCUCAGUGCGGAGCUUGGCUUGCAUGGACACGCAUCUCAUUGAAAUGGUGGAUCUGGUCAUUAGCUUCUUUGUGGUUGCUGCCCCACUCUCCCUCAUUCUGGCCUCCUACAUUCGUAUUGCUCUGGCCAUUCUCAAGAUCAAGUCUACUGGGGGCCGCUGCAAGGCUUUUUCCACCUGUGCAUCCCACUUGACUGUGGUCACAUUCUUUUAUGCGCCAGCUACUUACAUCUACAUGAGGCCCAACUCCAGCAACUCUCCUGAGCUGAACAAGCAGAUCUCACUCUUUUACAAUGUCUUCACUGCCCUGCUAAACCCUGUGGUCUAUAGCCUGAGAAACAAGGACAUUAAGGGGGCUUUUCUCAAGGUGAUGGGGCAGUGUUGGGGGGCUUAG